AUGGCACCACCGCCACCAGAUCUUCACUUGAUUCCUGCGUUCCCUUCAGAAGCAGCUCAGAAGACUGGCAGAACAUUCGCUGGAGCCACGCUAGCUCUGCAUGGAAUUGCUCUCGUUGUUUUUGCAGCACGCAUGUGGUCGCGAUGGCGGCCUGUGUAUCGGAUGCAGUUGGACGACUACGCUUGUGCUAUGGCAUACGUAUUGAUAGUGAUCAAUACAAGUCUUUUGCUUGCGGCCAUGCCUUAUACCUUCACGCACCGACCGGACACAUUUUUUCUAUCCGACUCGCAAGAAGCAUUCCACAAAGCGUCUAUUGCGCAGCCGAUCUGGGCAUGGUCUAUGGUCUUCGUCAAAGUGUCGUUUUCUCUGAUGCUUCUCCGCAUCUCGCCCUCGAAACCCCUUCGCCGUUUCCUCUGGGGUAUGAUCGUUCUCCAAGUCACACUCGGAGUGUACAACACGCUGGCAACUCUACUCCAAUGCAUUCCAGUCCGAAAAGCAUGGGACCUACUUGGCACAGUACCGGGACGCUGCUGGAGCAGCAAAGCAGUCAGGACAAGCUCGAUAACAGUAUCCGUCAUACACAUCCUCACCGACUUCAUGCUCGCCCUCCUCCCCAUAUCUUUCCUCCGCCGGAUUCAGCGUCCCAUCCGCGAACGCGUAAUCGUAGGCGCACUUAUGGGCCUCGGUUUCUUCGCGGGCAUAGCUUCCAUCCUAAAGAUCGUCGCUGCCAUGGAUUUUGGUAAGACUGGAGACCAGCUGAACGAAAGCAUCACUAUCGGCAUGUGGUCCGUCAUCGAAGAGCUCGUAGGUUUUAUUGUGAUCUGUGUACCCUGUCUCCGCUCGCCGUUUCAACGCGCACUUCAAUACUGCGGCGUGAUUAGCGUACGUAUCAGACAACAUACGCUUACCCGCGGCUAUGGGCGCACCUACGAGUCUGACGGAUUGGACAAACGGUAUGUUCGCAGUCAGAGUCAGAGUCGUCUUGCUACUAUUGAGGGAGAUGUCGAGUCGAGCUUCAAGAUGAAGGACUUGGGUACUGAGGCAUCGGAGGAUGAGAUGCAGUGGCGGAACAGUACCCAGGAGACGAGUUCUGGCAGGGGUGAGAUUUGGUGCACAAAAGAGGUCGUCGUGCAACAUGAUCCUAUCAGUCGUGUGCCCUCACACGAACAUAUGCAGGGUGGCGUGGAGGAAGCAUGGAAGGGUGAGCCGUUUGACUUUGAUCUGGGACUUGCCGGGAAGAGCCGGACUGGGUGA